AGUACACCCAACGCUGUGUAUUAUUAGUUCUUUAAACCAAGUCAACCUCCCUCCUCUUGUGACGCGCGUGUGUGUAGGCACGCCUCUGUGUGUGUGUGGACGUAUGAGUCACUACACAUGUCAGGUAUGAAGCACGAUGUACUGCGAGUGAAAGGUCUACACGUGCUUCGGCGUCUGUUCGCGCCGAUGGUGGCCCUGUACGUCGCCAGAGCUCGUCGUGAAAAAGGAGCGAGGCAGAAAGUCAAGCCGCCCAACUCGGAAGUCCUCAAGUCGCUGCCGCUCUUCGCCAAGUGGCCAACAAUUGCGUUGCAAAAAUGGACAGAGAGCGGUGUCAUGGAGAUACACGCGAAAGGCACAACAAUCGCCUUCCAAAAUGAGCCGCGCAGAUCUGCCGACGUCUUCUGGCUGUUAGCCGGUAAGCUAACACAGGUUCCAAACAAAGCGGAACUGCGUCGCUGCGCCACCGACUUUGUCCAUCUCCCACGAAACCUCCCGAAGACCGGACCCCUCAUCCUCCCUUCUCAUUUUAUGGAAGGCAACGCGAAGAAAUCGCUGCCACCGCUCACUCCAGCGCAGGAGCAGUUGGCCGACUCGCUCAGUUUUUACAAUGCGGGUCAACUCGUGGAUGUGGAACGACUCAUUUUAGGCGGCGAGCGGCUCCGCGCGCUUCGGUGCCAAAGCGAGGUGGUGGUGCUGCGCCUCUCGCUGGCGGCCUGUCUGCGCGAGAUUCAGACGCUGCCCAGUGCGGCACGCAGUGCCACCGUUGACGCCGCUCGUCUGUACGUUCAACGCAGCAUGGCACAGUUCUCCGGUGCCCCGCCGGCCACCUCGAUUAUGUCAGUCAAUCCCGUACUCGCGGCGCUUCCCAUGACGGUACUCAAGACAAUCUGCCAUCAGUUAAAGCCGUUUGUCUUUUUGAAGUCGGAGAUUAUCUGCGGCAACGUUUUUGCGGCGGAGUGGAUGUACUUUUUGGACAGCGGACUGGUGCGCAUUGAGGACAGCAACGGUGCCCACCUUCGCAUUGUGGAACAGCCCUUCACCGUCAUCGGCAUGCAUGCGUUUGUCCAGUCGUGCGUGCCGGACUACUUCGAUCAAAGGUCGCAUGCCACAGCUGCAGUAUACUGCGAGAUGUGGGGCCUGCCCAUCUCCGUCAUGCUGUCAACCUGUAACGCGGCGUCAAGGCUGCAGUGUACGUUGGCCGCAACACAGCUUCUGAGAACGCAGGGAGUCGGUCGGCUGCCGCUCACAACCGCGCUGCGGGCCUACGCGUGCUUUUCAGACCUGUCGGAGAUGGCAGUUGUCGCCAUCGCCGGCGCGCUUCAUUUACGUGUGUACACCCCUGGCGAAACUGUGGUACCUGUCGGCCGCAUACCAGCUUUUGGCAUCCUUAUUGUUGCCGGAGAUGUCCGCCUGCACCGCAGUGUGGAACGCGAUACAAAGCAGCUGCUGCCUGGGCAAGUGCUUUUUUUCUGCGAAUCACUUGUUAAAGUGAGAGCGUGCGACGCCGUCGUGUCCCAGAGUAGUUCCAUUAUCCUGCAGCUCACGCCUGGAUUGCUCUUUGAGGCGAUGGAGGUGGCGGAGUUGGAAUCGGACGAAGUACAUGUGCUGCUACGCAGCGCGCAGCAAUACGUAGAUCGCACGUAUGGUGCUCACUUGAAUGAGAUCAACAAAGCCCAAUAUGCAGCAGCCGAGCGUGUGAAGGAGUACAAGCGGCGACAGAUGGAGUCACUGCACCCCAACUCGACUGCUUCACCAAGCGCGGCCGUUCCUGAAGAAGUCUUGCAAAACAAGCUCUUCGCCACUUUGGAAGUUCAGCUGCACGCGUUGCAGCCCGACGAGGAGGCAGCAGCGAAGUUUGAGUACUUCCGUGCCGGCACGACGGCGACCCGCGAUGACGCCGCCACUCUCUUCUCGUCAUCCCCGCCACCACCACCGCCGUCACCGCGUCGGUCGGAGUACUUUUCGUUGGAUGAUCGAGGCAAUCUUAUCACCUGUAAAGAACCCGCGCAGCCUUCGACCCAUGUCGUGCACCACCAACGACUGCCACCGCCGCAGCAAUCGGUGACAACGGCCGGGGCUUCCCAACCGUCUGGUGGACCGGACGCUUGGUCUCCGCCUCUUCCCGGUUUUGCCUCCGCUCCUCCGGCUGCAGCGAAGACUUCCACUGUUCCCCCACGCAGCACACCAGCCGCACCUUUUGUCUUGCGCACCUCUGUUCAUGCAGCGCCCCCAGGGACGAAGUCUUCUAUGAAGACGCCAUCUCCACGUGUUGCGUCGCUGCGAGCCGCCGCAGCCAGAAUAAAGGAUGAGGCAGACGGCGUGGACAGAAAAAGAGAGAAGCGCUAUUCCUUUGCGCGCAACACUGCGAGAUGA